AAAAGGCCUUUUUGUGUCUUCCAACAACCUCACCUCUAUAAACCCCUGUUGUAGCUAGGUGAUUUUUCAACACUGGACAUGGUAGACUUAUGGUUGCUGUUCUCCCACACCUGGUCCUGCUGGCCUUUUGGCAGAGGUAUGCACUGCUUUAGUUGAGUAGUUCUCUUCCCCCCUCCUUACAACUGCUUCUGCAUUCCUCAUACGUUAGUGCAAACAAAGAAACAAGACAGUUUCCUAACCCAAGAAAGGCAGACAGACUGUGAGAAUGUACGGUUUUGCAGUUUUAGAUUCGUUUCAGUCUUGACUUCGUUAUGAUAACUGGGUGAAAAAAAGAAGAAGGAAUUUGCUUCUUCCACCUUGAUGCUAGAAAAACUUGGUCAACAUUCUGUGGUCAAUAUUCAGCAGAAGUCACACUGAAGAAGCUAGAGAUUUCUGGAUAGAACACUUCUCCAGGCAUUUGUAGGUCCUCCAGCGCAAUUCCAUGGUCAUCUUCUUAAAAAAUAGUUUUUUUUUAAUUCAUGGUUUUCCCACUUUCACGGAGGUCCUGUGCCCCUAAACCCAGUGAAUGUGGAGGGCUCAUUGUAUUUCUGUGCUCACCUCUGGCCUGCAAUAGGAAGAGGACUCAAAGGUGGAUGCUGCUGUGCACACUUACUUGGGAGUAGAUCCUGCUGAACCCAGUAGUGCUCAUAUCUAAUACUUUCCAAAAGCACGAAGGAACACUCCCCAUCCUUCCAACAAUGGUGGCUGCCCCCAGGACAAUAAUGCCAUGCCUUUGGCUCCUAGCCCUUCCUGUCAAAGUGUGCUUGGCUCAGGUGACUCCACCACCACCACCAGGGUGUGGAAAGGACUUGAAAUCCAUCUACUACAAUCUCUGUGACCUCUCAAUAGCUUGGGGCAUUGUGUUGGAGGCAGUGGCCAGUUUUGGCGUUGUGACCAGCUUUGUCCUCACCGUUGUCCUAGUGGCCAGCCUGCCUUUUGUCCAAGACUACCGGAAGAAAAGCUUGAUAGGGACUCAAGCCUUCUUUCUGUUUGGCACCUUUGGGCUCUUCUGUCUGACCUUUGCCUUUGUCGUCAAGCAAGAUUUUUCCACAUGCACCUCACGCCGCUUCCUUUUUGGUGUCCUUUUUGCCAUAUGCUUCUCUUGUCUGGUGGCCCAUACCGUCAGCCUCAAUUUCCUUUCCCGACGAAAUCAUGCUCCACGGGGAUGGAUUGCCUUUGGCAUGGCUUUACUCCUAGUCUUGGUGGAAGUCAUAAUCAAUGCUGAGUGGCUCAUUAUCACUGUAGUGAGGAGCGACAAUGAGUCUAAGGACCCCUGCAAUGUGAGCAAUGAAGACUUUGUCAUGGCUCUCAUCUACGUUAUGGUCUUGCAAGUUGCCGCCUUUGUUGCUGCUUGGCCUGUCUUGUGUGGCCGCUACAAGCACUGGAGGAAACAUGCAAUUUUCAUUCUCCUUACCACCUCACUCUCCAUGGCCAUUUGGAUAGUGUGGAUUGUUAUGUAUGUUUAUGGCAACCUACAGGAAGGGGGCACAGCUUGGGAUGACCCCACACUGGCGAUUGCUCUUGUUUCCAAUGCCUGUGUUUUUGUUUUCUUUUAUAUCAUCCCUGAGAUUUCUCAAGUGAUCAGGCCUGGGCCAGAGCAGGCCUAUGAGGAUGAUGUCUACCCCACCCGGGGAGUGGGGUAUGAAACGAUUCUCAAGGAACAAAAGUCUCAGAGCAUGUUCGUGGAAAACAAGGCCUUCUCAAUGGAUGAACCUUCUUCAGCCAAAAAGCCUGUGUCCCCAUACAGUGGAUACAACGGGCAACUACUGACGAGCGUGUAUCAACCCACAGAGAUGGCUCUGAUGCAUAAAGGACCUUCUGAGGGCCCAUACGAUGUCAUCCUCCCUCGUGCCACAGCUAACAGCCAAGUGAUGGGCAGUGCCAAUUCCACACUGCGUGCUGAGGAGGCCUACAUUUCACAGAAUAAGCAAGCAAUGGCCCAGAAGGAUGGAAAGGGUGGACAGGCUUCAUCUCCAUACAGCAAGAGCAGAUGGUAGAAACUUCAGCCUUGAUGUCAGCAGGUCCAGUUCUUCAAGGAUGGAUUGCAAAAUCUGCCUUUGUGAAAGAGCAUCACGGUUUCAGUUUGCCUUUGGGAUGACAUCAUGGAAGCUGAGAUAAUGCUUAACCCAAGUGCUUUGCUUGACUUCCUUUUCUUAUGUGUAACCCAAGUGCUCUGCUUGACUUCUGCUAUAGAAAAUUUGGAUCACUCCAUUGACAUGCACCAUUGAGGGGGAUUAUUGGUAUAUACUUGAUGGUGAGACUUCUACUCUUCUUGGAAGCUUCAAUCAAGCUCUCUUUAGUGCCCUCUCUCCAGUACAGCCAAUCAGUUCAUUAGAGCCCCCUCUUUUAACCCCACACCCUUUGAACGACCAUGGUGACUCUCUUGCUUUUCACCUUCUCCUACAAUCUUCCUUCCCCCCACCUGUGCUGCAAAAUUAGGCCUUUUCUGGUAAAGUAAUGAUCUUGCACAAGUUACAGCCAACCACAGUGGAUAAUUUGGAGUACCUUCCUUUCCACCUUGUUGCCAGAUCUCACAAAGAAGUUUUUCACAGCUGAAAGUUACAUGGAGUUCCACAAGGAUGCUGGUCUUGCAGAAAAAGAGACUUAUCAUUUGGAGAAAGACUUCUGGGACUCUAGUCUUAAGUUGUGGUCAGCUCUCCUAUAGUCUUCUUCCUGCCUUUGGACCAAGCCCUGGAGUUUCACAAUAACAUGUUGCUCCCAGAUUCUUUGUUUGUCUUCUCUGCUUAUCCUACAACACAAAUUAAGGCAGCAAUACAGACUUUUUAUGCUUGGACUUCAUAAUUACUCUGAAUCUUAUUGGAAGAAGAUGAUGUGUGGGUGGCUUGAACUGACUUUCUGGGUAACAUCUAAGAGGUCUUAGGCUGCAGUCACACUGCAUAAUUAAUGCAGUUUGACAUUGCUUUAACUGUCAUAGCUCCAUCGUAUGGAAUUCUGGGAUUUGUUGUUUGUUAUGGUACCAGAACUCUCCAACAGGAAAAGCUACAUAUCUCACAAAACUACAAAUUCCAGAAUUACAUAGCAUUGAGCUAUGCCAGUUAAAGUGGUGUCAAAUUGCAUUAUUCCUGUAGUGUAGAUGCAGCUCUAUAUUUUCAAUUUACUGGUGUCUGAUCUGAUAUUGUCCAUUAACGUCCAAGAGGCAACAACUGAUGAGUAAAGCACGGAGUAAUAGAUUAUGUAUAGUACUCUGAAUAUUCAAAUGGUAUUCCCUAAUUCCCAUGCAGUUUAGCAAUUGUGGGAGAUCUAUGAUAUUUGCUAUUUGGUGAACAGCUGCUUCUGGUCAACAGGAAGCCUUCUCAGUCCCCACCCCCCUCUGUCUGUCACAUUUACUUUGUCAGGUGCAUGAAGUAUUAGCAUCAGGUUAUGCAUGUAGGAAACGUUCCAUUUUGGAUUACAGCUCCCAGAAUCCUCUGGCCAGUGAACUAGGUGUGUGUGUAUUUUGGGAGUUAUACUCCAAAAGGUAAUUCUCCUAAACUCUGCAUGUAAGUUGAGAGAGUAAAGAGAAAGAGAGGGAGUAAUCUCAUUACAGGUAGAAUGAAGCCAGAGGCCCUGACAGGGCAAGAGAUGAGGUGUAUUGCAGAACUGUGCACCAUGUUAUCAUUGCUUCGCUUUUGAAAGGUGAAGCGGCUGAAUUGGGAUUCUUUGGCAGAUGUGAUUCUCUCAAAAUUUGGCUCCAGAGCAACUGAGUAUGGUCAGCUCAGUGCAGAAAGCUACUAGCUCUGUUUAGUGGCCUUUGUCUAUUCCUUACCCAUUGGAAAUAGGUCACACCCACUCUGAGUCUUUUCUGCUUUUGAAUGGAUCUGCUAUCUUUUGAGCUGUGAAUAGUAAAGUGACAUGCAGUCAUCCAUUGCUGGACUGUCUAGUUCUGAACACACUUGGUAAUAACAAAAACAAUCCUGUCCCCCAGUCUCUGCCUUGUACCCAUGUAUGCAUCUGCCAACUGAGGGUGGCACUUUUUGUAUCUGAUGAAGGGGCUCUGGCCCACAUAAUAUCUGCCACAGUAAAUCUGUCAGUCAGAUUCUUUAUCAUUAGCAGCACCCUGAUAUCACAUUUUCCCACACACUUCUAUGUGCUAGUUGCUGGGCUAUGUCCUGAGCAUGGUCUUUAUGCAUCCUGCAUAUGCAUCCUAGUGUGCUACCGUUUAUCCUUCUUGCUUUGGAGAGGAAAGAGGUGUUGUUUCUCCCCAGAGUAUGUUUUUUUCCUGUUGCAGGGCCCAAGCUGAAAAAAGUUUGAAUAACAAUAGUGAGGAAGCACUGCAUAUUCCAAGCAAUGCCUUUUCAAUGGUCCUCUCAAGGCCCCUGAGAUUGGUGUCUUCAGUGCCUUUGGCCGAUGAGCCAUCCUUUUCUCUUAAACUCUCUAUCUGAGCAGGCUCUAUUUACAACGGGAGGGAAGGACCAUUUCCGACCUGUAGAGUUUGCCCUGUGUCUUUGUGCUCAGAAUAUGAAGGGCCAAUUUAUGCUCUCCAUGGCAGGUCAUAAAGACUUGCAUUGAAUUAUGAUUUCUGCCCACCCUUGCUGAGAAUGAAGUUCUAGAUUUUGCUGUAUGUAUGUAUGUGCACAUAACAUUUGGGUGAGACAGUCUUUAUACAGAUAAUGAUGUAUGAUAUGAUCUUUCUCUGUUUUUUGUUUUUUUCAAUAAGGGUUGUGAGUGAAUGGUAGGAAGAAAAGGAGAAGUGUAUGAGAGAGCGAGAGUGAAAGAGACUGUGUUUAAUCUAAGUGUUAUUUAAGUGGGGGUGGGGGAAGGAAGCGUGUCCUCCUAGGACGUGGCUUUUUUAGCCCAGAGCUAUCUGACAAAUUAAAUCCAUUUUUUCCUAAA